UUCAUUCAGUGCACCGCAUAGACGUCUAGCGGGAGGGUGUGCCGCUUCUUCUCGUCGUCUAGGAAAUACUUCUCUAUUGUAAACUGUGUUACAGAAACGGAUUAUUUAUUGUGAUUGAUGCAAUAUAGUUGAUCCCUUAAGGUACGACAUCUAUGGUGUUCUUACACAUUCAAAUGGAAUGAUAGGCAGUGGAGAGUCAGGUGUGUGUGAUCGUGUCAAAGAAACGCGUGGAAAAAAAAAACACUUCAAGAGUUCCUCCUUGGAAAAUAUCUCCUGGAUGGCUUACCCCUACGUUGAUGUCUGCAGGAAGGCGUGUGUAAGAUUAUCUCGUACUAAAAGAUCCCAAUAAUAAGCUCCUACAGAGCUAUGUUGUAAGCUCGAAAUAGAAUAAAAAACUAACAUUUGUGCACACAUGGAUUUUGGAUUACCAGAGCUAGUCAGAAGAAGCAACCGACUGAGUUACAGUCUUAUCUGCCAGCAGUUAUCGGGAGCGUCACUACUUAUCUUCGCCGAUAACAAGAUGGCUGGCGGCGCGAGGCUUCGACCCCGGUACUGAACAGAAAGCAGAUGGAGAACUAGACGAGGCAAGGAAGGGCGGAGACGUCACGGAUUAGAUCUCAGACAGGAAGAUACUUCCCUCCUUCUCUCCUCCUUACGCACGGGAGGGUAGUGAUGGAGUCGAACGCGGGUGUGGACAUGGAGGACUACUGGAACGAAGUCCGUACCUACCGGAGCACCUCCACCUCCCACUCUGAGGAGGAAUCCAGGAGUCAUGAAGACGAGGGGGAGUCGGAUGAGCACUUCCUGGAGGAGCUGGGCAUCCCUCUCAAGCCGGACUCCGAACUCUCCGAGGACAACAUCACCCUCGAAUUCAUGGGCACCCUCAAUCCACGGCAGGAGGAGGCACUGAAGCGCCGAGUGCGGACCCUGAACGCCACUAUACGCCGGAAGAAACAACGCCAGAAGCCAGACAUACGCAACUUCUUCGCCAACACGGACAACUCGAGCACUGGCACCAGGAGCCGGAGUGCCACCCCGGACUCUCUGGACUCCGUGUCACCGCCGCGGACCCCACCUGACCCCCACCCCAAGUCGUGGGUGGACCCCUACCUAAGUCGCUCCCGGGGCUCGCUGGACUCCGGGAACCACUCGCUGGUGACGUCUCCGUCCGUCACGGCGCCCUCCACCCCCUUCACCUCCAUCAGCGACCAGACUGACCUCCACAACACCAGGAGCCAGGUGGGGGGCCGGAGACACACGCCCCCCACCGAUGUCCCCUCCAGGCACCAGUGGCUGGAUGGCCAGGCAGCCCACCUGUACCGGGCCCCCUCCCUCGACACCCUCCCCAAGGUCGUGUCGGGACCCAACAAGGGCAAGGAACUCCGGCGUCAAAGGUCCUACGCGCGGGAUAUAGCCAGGGACGUCAAAAGCUUCCACUCCUCCAAGCAGGGACUCUACGAGUUUUACCCCAAGACCCCACAAGACGACCACGACGUCCAGGUGCUGAACUACCGGUACAUAGGCUCGGUACACAUCCCCCACGCCCGCUACAAGGACAAGAGACCGUCCCUGGACUCCAACGCCUCUCACUCCGCCCACGACAUCGACUCCGUCACGGACUCGCGGCGUUCGUCAGCGGAGCUCCGGAAGACCUACUCGAUCAGCCACCCCAGAGAUGCCCGGGAUUACCACAGGCAGAGUCGUGAAAGUCGAGAAAACAGGGAGAACAGACCUCGCUCCGGCUCCGCCACCGACCUGGGCUUCAAAGUCAGAUACCAGAAGGCUGACGAUGAGUUCCCAGAGCUGGUGCUGGAGACGAGCCGGUGUGGCCAGACCCGCAUGGACUGGCUGGACGAGGCCGACCUCCACAAGCUCACCUCCCUGGCCCUGCUCGAGCUCGACAUCCUCUUCACCGAACACAAUAUUCAUCACCGAUGGAGAAAACUUAAAAAGCGGAAGCAAAGUAAAGAAGAGAGCGGCGUGUUUGGCGUGCCGCUGGACAACCUUCUGGAGAGAGACGCCAACUUACUACCAGAGUCACCGCUGGAGACCAAUGUCCCGCUCGUUUUCUAUAAGCUGGUGCGGCAGGUGGAGCGCCACGGGCUCCGUCAGGAGGGCAUCUUGAGAGUCCCUGGCCACAGAUCCCAGACGGAACAGCUGCGACGGACGCUGGACACCCACUUCUACUCUACCCCGUCGAUGGCUGACGCCGCUCUCAAGAACGCUACGCCCAACGAUGUAGCAGCUCUAGUCAAGACCUUCCUGAGGGAACUACCUCGACCUCUGCUCACGCACGCUUAUAUGCCGGCUUUCUACAAGACUCACCGGAUUGAAGACAUGGGUGAACGGGUGCUGGCACUAACUAUGCUGGUGUUGUUGCUGCCCUGCCCGCACCGGGACACCCUCCACGCCGUCCUCGACCUCUGUGCCAGAGUUGUCACCUACGAGGCCGACAACAAAAUGUCGCUCUAUAAUGUAGCUAUGAUCAUGGCUCCCAACCUCUUCCUGCCCAACCACCAGCGGUCCAAACUGAACCUAAGGUCUGAGGACAAGGAGCAGCAACUUAAUCACGAGAUGACGUAUGCGAGCGUGACCACCACGCUGACCCAGGCAAUGAUCAAGUACCGCGAGGUACUGUGGACUGUCCCACAUCGCCUCUUGGCUCAGAUACGUCGCCAGUACCAGGCUGAGGCUCUCAAGCAGCACAACUACACUCCUAUGCGUCGCCUUCUGUUGUCACGCAAGAGUAAAGAAACAAUCCAGCGACCCAUUGAAAAUGAGGUGGACUAUCAGGAAGGAGUGUUGAGAGUGUCUGCUCCACAGUUCAACAAGACCAAUUACCCAGUCAAACUCGAUUCCCGAAUGACAGCCAGAGACCUUCUCACCAGAUUUAUUGAGGAGCUGACCCUUCUGCCUGAGAAUCCCAGACGUGUGGAGGGUCGACGGGAGCUGCAGUACAAGAGGGUAGCCAUAGGUAAUGGCUCCCCGCCCUCCACAACUUUAGUGCCUAAUACUUCAGAGCCUCAUUUUCUGGCUUGCUUGCUUACUGGUUCCUUGAAGAACACCCUCCAGAAACAUGCUCUUCAUGAAAAGGGUGGAAAUAUCGGGGACCGCCGACUGGAUCCAAAUGCCAAGCUUUUGGCAAUAUACCAGGACAACCCCAAUGCAGAGUUUGUGGUGAAGUGCCAUCACCAAGGUGGACACAUGUCAAGAAAAAACUCAUAGUAUUUCGAUGACAUGUACGAAACUCUCAAGAUUACUAACGUCAUUACUUAAGUCAUCUCAGUGGCUUGGUGUCAGAUGAAACAUUAUAGGAAGCUGCAGUGUUAAGUCUUAAAAUUGAAUACUUAUACUUACCAAGAACUUUCUAAGGCCUGAACUUUAAAACGAGAUCACGAAAAUUUUUGAAGUGAAGUGUUAUUACAUUGGUAAUAACAGGGUAAACCCUCAGACACUCGCUAGAGUUUUAUAGUGUGUGCUUAACAGGAAAAACAAAUUAGAAUAAACAAGAAAUUAAUCAGUUUAUUGGGAACCGAAAGAAAACUUACAAAGAGAUAUUUGAUAAGAAAGAACAGCAUUUGUCACUGAAUGGCAAAUGAAUGAUAAAAAUUAUAUCCCUUAUCUACGAAAGAAACGUGGUCAAUAUUGUUAAUGCGUAAUAUUGCAUAUGCUAUAAUGUCUUGAUAAUGUUCUUUAAUAUCGUUGAGCAGCAUUACAAUGUUUACAGACGUUUGCUUAUACUAUUCCCCCACAUAUGAAUAUUAAUGCUUUAAAAAUAGUAUAAUUAUUUACAGCACUUCCCACUUGCUAGUCAGAACUGUAUAUUCUAAGUGCCUUGUUGCGUCAAGUGAUUAAACUAAUCUAAUGCAGACGUGCUCGGUACAAUCAGGACAAUGUUCAGAAUGCAUGCACCCGUUGCAUAGGCCUGACCCAUAUAUGUUCUUGGAUAACAUUCAUUAUACACUAUGAAAAUUUUGUAUGUUAAUGUUUUUAUCUAUUUAAGUGUUAAUGAUUGUUUACAAUCAUUUGCUCACGUGUAAAAAAAAAAUGAAAAUGCUCAGAUUUUAGAACUUUUGAGAGAAACUUCUGGUCCACUGUAAGUGUUAUGUAUGUUUGAGGUUGUUCAUAACCAUUUAUAAUGUAUGGUUUGGUGAACAUACAAGCGUUGUAAUGUUCACGAUACACAAUCAUUGGCCAAUAUUAAGUGUACCGAGCCAGAGCAGCUGUUGCUUGGGGUUCAAGCACGAUCUCCAGGAUGUAGUGAAUUGUGACGGUUAAAUGGAUCACUGCUGAGGACCUUCAUGCUCAGUCAGGCAGAAGUCCUUGACAUUUCUACAGGAAGCUGAUGGCAUACAUUCCUUGCUAGUAUUACUGUAUAAAAUUUGAUGAAAACUUUCUUCUCCAUUGCAUUUUCCAUGUAAUUUUUAAUGUAAGAAAGUUGGUUAAGAUUGUGUUACCUUUGUAUCAUGUGUAAUUGUGUAAACAUCAAGUCUGUUCAGGCGUGGAAAGGGAUUGUCAUUUAUGUUCGUAUUGAACGUUCAUAUUGAGAACAAAUAUGAUGGUCAUAAUAUGACCGUACACAUAACUUGUCCGUGAAGUGUGAAUCUUCGUGUUUUAGGUGCUACACAUCCCUAAAUCAGUGCUAUUAGGGUUUGGCAUAAGUGCCUAGGAUGUAGCAAGUGGUGCUGAACGGAGCUUUCAGCUGGUGCAUAUAGUCACCGCUCGCUGAUAAUAAAUAAUAUCUUUCUUCCCGAGUUAAGGAUAAUUUAAAGGACCAAUACUUUUCCCUGCCAAUGAGGACACGAGUAAUGAGAAAUCCUGCAUCUUGAGACCUGGGAGGGUCUCAAGAUCUUGAAGCUCCGGUCUUGCAUCUUGAGACCGGAGCAAGGAUCCCCAGAUUUGUUGUGAAAGUGUCUUGUCUAACCUAUACCCCCUUUAAACAGAGAUCAGUCGAAUGUGUGUGUCUUGGCGAUGUCACAAAUGUUCUGAAAGCUCUGUUGUUGCCGAGAAUUACAAAUGCUCACUAUGCAGUUUAUGCUGUAUAUAACUUGUGUUCACUCAGUCUGACUGACUGACUUGUACAUUUUGGUUUGUUCAUAUGGUAGGCGUUUUAUAAGGUACUGUAUUAUUUUUCUUCAAAUUGAAACUGUGUAAAGUUACAUUUCCUUGAUGAAUUACAUGUAUCGAAUAAUUUUGUGUAUAGUUUAUAUUUUCUUGUGUACCUUUUUUUAUUGUAGAGUGAAGUACAUAUUCACCCACCUUUCCUAUGUAAGAAAUGGUUUUUUUUUCUGUAUAUAAAAAACAUACUAUACAUAAUACACAAACCA